CAGAGGAGCCUCCGGUGCGAUAACAUCUCACGGUCUUAAACAAAUCCUUUAAAUUGCGGGGGGGCUUGAGGGCUUUGGAGCCGCAAACCUUAUGGUAGGAAUUAAAGUUUGUACUCAGCCGACAUGCAAAUACUAGAUAUUUUGACAAGAUAUUCCUUCCUGAGUAUUGAAUGUGCCUGUCGCCUCAAAGGCCCCACGGCCUUCCGGAUGGGUGCCACACAAACACCCAGGGACGGUCCGUGCACUGAGUCAGUUCUUGCACGUUUGUAACUCCUGUAGGACCAGGACCAGGCCUGUUGCCUCACGUUGCCUGAACUGUCAGCUUGCAUUGACAGGUACAGCUAAGCCAUGGAGCCCCGUUUUUAGCACUCACAGUGACCACUUGCCUUCUGUCUUUUGCAGGCGAGCUGAAGCGGAGUUGUGAACGAUGGCUGUGGCCCUGAGAUGCUUCCGACAGCUGCAGUCCCUGCUUUAUCGUUCUUCGUUUGCAACAAGGGGGCUGCCACAGGCUCCCGCAGGCUGCCUGGCCCCACUCCUGAACGGCUGCAGGCGCUGUGUCCACCCAGUGAUGCUGACUAGACAGCUAGCUACUAAAAAAGCUAAAGGUAAAGGGCAGACUCAAGCCAAAGUGAAUAUUAGUGCUGCCUUAGUUGAGGAUAUUAUCAACUUGGAAGAAACCAAUGAAGACAUGCAGGCCGUGGUAGAAGCCUUGAAAGAAGAUUUCAGCAGAAAUCUCAAUAUUAGAACCUCACCAGGGGCCUUUGAUCACAUAAUUGUGGUGACAAAAGAUGGGAAGUUUCCACUGAACCAGCUUGGGCAGAUCUCACAGAAAUCACCUCAGCUUGUUGUAGUGAACAUGACCAAUUUUCCAGAGAGUACAGCUGCAGCUAUGAAGGCUAUAAGGGAAAGUGGAAUGAACCUAAACCCGGAAGUAGAUGGGACAAUAAUUCGGGUACCAAUUCCUAAGAUAACGAGAGAGCACCGGGAAAGCCUCGCGAAGCUUGCCAAACAGUCCACCAACAAAUCCAAAGAUGCCUUGAGAAAGGUGCGAAGCAAGAGUGUGACUCAAAUAAAGAAGUUCAAGAACAAAGUGUCUGAAGAUACUAUCUGGCUGCUAGAAAAGCAGAUCCAGCAAAUGGCAGACAGUGCUGCAGCAGAGAUGGACAAGCUGCUGGCAGCGAAGACCAAGGAGCUGCUUGGAUAAACAGCAUCCCUAUGGACACACUCCCCCCUACCAGCAAGACUGCACUGGCCCACACCCCACUGGCCAUUCCCGCCCAGAGUUGAGCAGCCUCAGGUGAUGGGCAUGGACAGCUCUCCCAGCCCUCCAGAACAGAUCUGUGCUUUGGUCGCUCAAACUGCUGAUCUUCAGUUGUGUUGGAAGGAUGGGGGAACUCUCCUUGCUCUUACUUAUUCGGGUGAAGAACAAAAUUAGGUGAAACAAGAUUAAAAAUAAAAUAAGAAAGACUGGAAGCUGAUGGAAGGAUUCCCACAGCAGAAGCUGACAUACAGGAGGUGAGGCUGCCCUCAGGCAUUAAUCCAGCAAGAACUGGCAAGGCUUAAACCAUCCAGUGUUUGACUUCUCCAUCAGUUUGCCUCAUUCUGGACCUGCCCAGAGCCCAGCUGCAGGCUCGCCUCACUCCCCGGCCUGUUUGCAGCUCUCGAGCCUGACAGUGACGGAACAAGGGAUGCAAGCAAGGGGAACCUUCCCUUCCACUGCCCUGCUGUGAACCUUGUCAUAUGUUUUUGCCUGAAAUAAAGUCAAAAUGCAACGUGGAGGAACAGCCUUUGGACAGCCAGUUCACUCAAGUUCACUCUUCUCAGAAGAGCAGUUGCCCAUUGCCGUUGCCAGCGCAGUUUUCUACAGCCUUUCCAGCAAGUGCUCCAGGAAAGCGUGGGGGAGCUCAGCACCAGCCGGUGCACACUGCCAAAGCAGACAUGAGGACCAUGGAUUUGCGAUUCCUUAGACUUUGGUGGGUUUUGUGAAUAAAGAAUUGAAACUAGGGCUGUCAGUAUGGCUAUUUUUUGCCAGGAUGAAGCAUAUGGAAAAAAACAAAAGCCAGCACAAGAGCUUUCUGAUGUGAACAUCGGCCCUGCCCAGCCAGCUACAGCAUGCCCACACGUGCCACUGGUGUCACAUUCUGCAGACCAGAGGGGAGGAAGAGGCAGAAGCCGAACAGGGUCCUGUGCAUGAGGGGCAGCUGAACUCCACGCUAUCAGCAGGUACUUUACAACAGCAGCAAACAGGCUUCCCCGCAGCCUCGGUCAGCAGUAACGCGGAGGGAAGGUGGUCGCUGGCAACCCAGCCCCACUCCCAAAGCACGUGAGUUCAAAGACCACUAAGUGCUCUGCAGUCCUUAAAUAAACAACUCCCAAAAAGUUAGCUUGUGCACAGCGGGGAGGGGGGAGGAUGAAGGAUUUGCUCUGCUAGGGCCCCACAUGUCAACAAUUUCUCCACUUUGUGUAUUUUGGCCAAAGCACCUACCAUGAUAAAUGAAUAAAGGAAAAUGGCGAGCCCAGGGCGGUUACAUGGCUCAGUAAA